AUGGGUAAGAGUUCUUCUCAUUCUGCUUCCAUGGUAGUAGCGGAGAAGAUCUCAUGGUACUGCGCAGUGUUUGCAGCCACGAUGCUGCUGAUGAACUGCUUCCACGUCGCAGAGGAGGAUCCCAUUGAAAUUAUGGAGCAGCAGCAGCAACAACCGUCGACGAUGAUCGCCGGAUAUUCCCAUCGACGGCCGGCAUGCGAUGAGAUAUACGAGGUGAAAGAAGGAGAGACGUUACAGACUAUAAGUGAGAAGUGUGGAGAUCCUUACAUUGUUGAAGGCAAUCCUCAUAUUCAUGACCAUGAUGAUGUUUUUCCCGGUCUACUCAUCAGAAUCACUCCUUCUUUCUGA